AUGUCUGCUUUCACAAACAACUUAAACAAUGCUACUGGUCUCAACAACCAACAACAACCUGGUCAAUUAAACGAUCAAGGUCUUAACAACGGACGUGGUGGUGUCUCCGAUGGUCUUCAUAACUCUACUGGUCUCCAUAACCAGCACGGUGUCUCUGAUGGUCUUCACAACUCUACCGGUCUUCACAACCAACCCGCCGCUGGUCAAUUAAAUGAAAAUCACGGUAUCGCUGCUUCCGGUCUCCAAGGCAACAACUUAAACUAUACUGGUGCUCCCAUCUCUAACGUAAACAAGGUGGAUCAACAAAAUACCCAUGGCCUUACUGGUAACCAUCAUGACGGUCUUAACGGACAUCACGGCGGUGUUGCUGGUGCUCUUGGUGCUCAUGAACAAAAUAAGCAUACUGGUACCAACGGUAUCUCCAAUGAUCCUCUUCAUCAUGGUACUGGUACCAAUGGCAUCACAAACAAGCCCCUUCCUGAUCACCCCAACAACAAGACCGGUGUCCCUCUUUCUGGUGGUGCUUUAGGUGCUGGUGCUGCUGCUCUUGGUGCUCAUGAACACAACAAGCAUCAUGAUAACGGUCUCGGUCAUAACAACAACAACACUGGUUUAGGACAUAACAACAAUGGUCUUGGCCACAAUGAAGGUCUUGGUCAUAACAACAACAACACCGGUUUAGGUCAUAACAACAACAACAAUGGUCUUGGCCAUAACAACCAUACUGGUACCGCAUUCGCUGGAACUGCUGCUUCUCUUGGUUCCACUGCUCAACCUCAAACCCAUACUCGUGUCGGUGAUAACUUGGCUCACACUGGUCAAGCCCAUACUCAUGGUGGUAUUGACGAUCUUGCCUCUUCUCGUAGCCAUACCAACGAUCAUCGUCAUCCUGGUGUUGCUACUGGUGCUGCCGGUGCUGGUGCUGCUGCCCUCGGUGCUCAUGAACAUAACAAGCAUCAUGAUAACGGUCUUGGUCACAACAACCAUAAGAACAUUGACGGUCUUCCUCUCAGCCAUGAACACAAUGCUAGUGGUCUCCACAACUCUGCCAACAACUCUGGUCUUGGUCAUAACAACGCUGGUCUCGGUCAUAACAACAACACUGGACUUGGUCAUAAUGAUGGUCUUCACAAGGAUCACCAUACUGGUGCCGCUGCUGGUGCUGCCGGUGCUGGCGCUGCUGCUCUUGGUGCCCAUGAACAUAACAAGCAUAACACUGGUUUGAACAACUCUGGUGUUAACUCUGGUGUCAACAACGGCUUGAACAACACUGGUCUUGGUCACAACAACAAUGGUCUCGGUCACAACAACAAUGGUCUUGGUCAUAACAACAACGGUCUUGGUCAUAACAACAACACUGGUCUUGGUCAUAACGAUGGUCUUCACAAGGAUCACCAUACUGGUGCCGCUGCUGGUGCUGCCGGUGCUGGUGCUGCUGCUCUUGGCGCCCAUGAACAUAACAAGCAUAACAACGGUUUGAACAACACUGGUGUCAACGACCAUGGUCUUCACAGCAAUGGUAUUAACAACUCUGGUGUUAACUCUGGUGUCAAUGAUCAUGGCCUCCAUAGCAACGGUGUUCGUAACGACGGUCUCCACAAGGAUCAUCAUACUGGAGCUGCUACUGGUGCUGCUGGUGCUGGUGCUGCCGCUCUCGGUGCUCAUGAACACAACAAGCAUACUGAUCCCAACACCACUCAUGCCGGUGGCGCUGCCAAUGCACUCAAGGGCGAUCAUGGUUAUGCCAACCACAACAAGACCACUGGUACCCACACUGCCGCUGGUGUUAACUCUGAAGAGCCUGGUGUUCAUGAUUCCAGAGGUGUUCGUCAUGCUGGUGUCCCUCUUCAUGAAGGUCUUGCUCCUGUUCAAAAGAACUCUCCUCAUCAGCAAGGUGGCGUUGAAGGUGAACAUGAUCUCAGUGGUUCUCCUGGUAAGGUCAAGGCUGGUGAUAAGAUCAAGGGUAACCUUGAAAAGAUCGUCGGUAAGGUGACUGGUAAUGAAGCUAAGGUUAUUGAAGGUGACAUGAAGGCUCAUGGUCAACUUAACAAUGCCAUCUAA